CAUCUUGUAGCAAUCUCAAAUCUGAACCAAACCACAAACACUUAAUUUCUCAUCUCAUCAUUUCUAAUUCUACCUCUUUUCUCUUGCACUAACAAUCCAAGAUGAAUACCAACAACGACACCGAAAAAAACCAAUCAUUUCCAGAAGCACAAGGAGCAUCAUCAUCAUCAUCUUCUCCACCCAAUGUUGGGACUGAGAAUUGGGGAACUCACAUAAUGGGCACCCCUGCUGUUCCAAGCAGCCACCCAGAUAACAAAAAAGCAGCUUUACAAAGUGGACAACCUCAACCAGUUCAAUACUACCAUGACCAACAUCAACAUCCCUACGUGCAACAUAGCCCAGUUGACAAACCAAGCAACAGUCCCAUGGAGUCAAUCCUUAACAUGUUCGAUUCAUGGAGCAAAAAAGCUGAAGCCACCGCACACAACGUCUGGCACAACCUUAAAACUGGUCCAUCAGUGUCUUCAGCUGCACUGGGGAAGAUGAAUCUGACUGUGAAAGCAAUAUCAGAGGGUGGAUUUGAGUCCCUUUACAAGCAAACAUUCACAACCUAUCCAAACGAGAAGCUCAAGAAGAGCUUUGCUUGUUACCUUUCAACAUCAACAGGUCCUGUUGCAGGAACCCUUUACCUGUCCAAUAUUCAUGUAGCGUUUUGCAGCGAUCGCCCUUUGUGUUUCACUGCACCCUCUGGCCAAGAAACUUGGACAUACUACAAGGUAAUGGUGCCUUUGGGAAAGGUUGGAGUGGUCAACCCAGUGACCAUGAGGGAAAACCCAUCAGAAAAGUACAUUCAGGUUGUAACGGUGGAAGGGCAUGAUUUUUGGUUCAUGGGUUUUGUUAAUUUUGACAAAGCAGUUAAGAACAUCUCAGAAGGUAUCUCACAUUUUGUAGCGCCAGGAGUGGCCGUGCCAUCCACUAGUGGUUCGGAAGCUAAUCGAAAGAACUUUCAGUGAUUUCUAGUUUUUGGAGUACUAUGAUGUAUACUAAUUUUGUUUAGAAUUUGACUUUGCGGUUUGUGUCGUAUACUAGAACAAUACUUUGUUGUAAAAAAACUUAGGAGUGUAUGCUAUAUAUUUCAUGUGUGCUCUGCAUCUUUUUUCCCCCUCUGGUGUUUUUGCAUCUUUUGUUAAAUACGCCCAUAUUUGGGAAAGUUCAUUUUUUUUCUUGUAGUAAUCUAAUAAAAUAUAAUAAUCAAAACA